UUGUGCACACAUCUCUAGGGUAAACGCUGCUUGUGCUCAUUGCACAGCCCGUCGGUGACCACAUUGCUAUGUGUAAUCUGGCAGUGUCACUAGCUUCUACUAGGUAUGCCAUCAUGUGAUGCCAGUAUGGAAAAGGUGCACGCAGGCAGCCGCCACCUCUCCUACUGUAUCUCUGUUUUUGUGAUAGAGAAAAGGAGGAGGGAUUGCUGCUCCCAUAGGUGUUACUCAUCUCUGUGAAGAGGCAUAGGCUCUCGGUGCUUUGCAGAAACUGACUUUUUCCAUCCCUAGUACUGUAUGUCCGUCCUGGUACCCUUUUGGUCUAAUUACCAUGGUUGGUUCUAAAUCGGAGUGGGAGAAGCAGUGGUGCAAGUAGAAAAAAUGUCUUACAGGUACGAUAUUCAAAACGCUGCGUUCUCUACUCUCUGUGCGUCUGAUUUACGUCAUCACCAGAAUGCCGAAACGAGGGAAGAAGGAAGACGUGAAGGCUGAAUCUGUGGAGAAUGAGGAACCUGAACAAAAAAAGGGAAAGAAAGGCGGUAAGGAGCCAGAACCUGUGAUUUUGUAUGAGGAUUCCCCUGACAAGUUAACCACAGAUGACGGAAAGAAAUACACAUGGAAGAUCAGCUCCUGGAAUGUUGAUGGGAUUAGAGCUUGGGUCAAAAAAGAAGGGUUGUCGUGGGUACGGGAAGAAGACCCUGACAUCAUAUGCCUUCAGGAGACAAAGUGUGCAGAGAAAGCCCUGCCAUCAGAUGUUAAGGAUAUGCCUGAGUACCCUCACAAGUAUUGGGCCUGCUCUGAUGAAAAAGAGGGUUACAGUGGCGUCGCAAUGCUCUGCAAGGAAGAGCCUGUAAAUGUCACUUAUGGCAUCGGAAUUGAAGAGCAUGAUAAGGAGGGCCGUGUUAUCACUGCUGAGUUUGAGUCCUUUUACUUGGUUGCUGCUUAUGUUCCCAACUCCAGCCGCGGCCUAGUUCGUCUUGAUUACCGCCAGCGCUGGGAUGUAGACUUUCGUGGUUACCUAAAGGGGCUAGACGGCAAAAAGCCACUCAUUCUGUGUGGUGACUUGAAUGUUGCGCAUAAAGAGAUUGAUCUGAAGAAUCCCAAAACCAACAAGAAAACACCUGGCUUUACUCCGCAGGAGAGAGAAGGAUUUGGAACACUGCUGGAUGAAGGCUUCCUGGACAGUUUCCGCGAGCUGUAUCCCGAUAAGCCAUUUGCUUAUACCUUCUGGACCUACAUGAUGAAUUCCCGAGCUAAGAAUGUUGGGUGGAGGCUUGAUUACUUUGUCUUGUCAAAAGCCUUGCGGCCAUCCUUAUGUGACAGUAAGAUCAGGAGCAAAGCUAUGGGGAGUGACCACUGCCCUAUAACCCUUUAUAUGGCCAUAUAAAGCAAAAUCCUGAUCAGCAGUUCAGUAUCUCUAUACAAAUAUGUAUGUGGCCGCGGCGCCACGAACACUGUCCCGCUGUAUAUGACCAUAAGAUUACACGCCAUCUGGUAUAAAGCACUGUGGACAAGGAAUGCUGCUCCAUACACCCAGUGCUAAAUAUACAGAAAAUAUUAAUGUUUUGUUCAUUGUUACAGACUUACAAAAGUAUUCCACCCUGGUUAUUGUCUGCUACUUAUGGUCAUGUGCAGUGGUUGGUGAUGUGCGCUAUAGCCAUCAUAUAAGGCUUACUUAUUGGUGCUUUCCCCCUUAGGUAUCUCUUGCUAUGUAGACUUUAACUCUAUAACAAAAUAAAUCUUUUUUUUUUUUUUUUUUUUUUGUAUUUCCCAAGUGCAGGAGUCUCCAUAUCUGAUGUAUAUAAUAAUAACACACAGUUUGAGUAUGUGCUCAUUGCUUGUAGCUUCAUGGGUUACUAUGUGAUUUUCCCAUUUUGAGUAAUCAAAACAAGGAUGAGUUAUCAACAGCAAAUGCUUUGUCCAUACUGUAAGCAUAUAUGAUAAAGCAGGGGUGUGAGGUAUAGAAUUCCAAAUUUACUACAUCAUCUUUCUUUUUCUAUGCUUGAUUGAAUUUCCAGGAAAUAGACUUAUCAGAUGUCUUUGUUUUUUUAAUACAAAUGUUUGAAUGCUUUCCUAAAAGAAGCCAGCAAUUACAGAUCACACAUUUCUCUACUAGUAGUAUUAGACAGUGGAACCAAAAAGUGCAGGUUAUUUUUUUUUGUGUAUGUGUAAUAAAGUACUGGGCAUCCACACAUCUACCUACAUUGUGGGAAGACUCUGAGGGGUCUAUUCAUGAAGCAGUGAGUAGAGUGGAGAAGUGAGCCUGUGGAGAAGUUGCCCAAGGCAACCAAUCAGCUGCUCCGUACAAUUGUAUAGUAUGCAAAUUUAUAAAUGUUAUUUCAGUGCUUAUUGGUUGCCAUGGGCAACAUCUCCACUGGCUCACUUCUCCACACUUUUCACUGCUUCAUGAAUAGACCCCUGAAAGUUGAGUAGUGGAAAGGAAAUAAUUUUUCAAGUGUGUGUGUGUGUGUGAAAAGCAUACAAGUGUAUAGUUAUGAAAGCAAUGGGACACAGAUGAUCCAGAUGGUUAUGCCCAAGAACAACUCUUAAUAGAGCGUGGUAAAUAGAAGCACUUUCUUACAUAAAUUUGAAAAAAGUUUUUUAUUUCGACUUUUUAUUUUAUUGGAGACUGAAAUAUUGCAAUAGGUGCUGGUCUCAAGUUUAAUGGAAAAUGAUGAUCGUUAAAAAUGAAAAUGAUGACUACUUUAAUGUUUCCACAGUGGGGAAGCACCAAGCACCCCAAACAUGCAAACAAACUGAUGUUACAGAGGGGACAGGUCCUCUUUAAACAUCUAAGCCAAUUAUAAAUGCUUAAUAUGUGUUUCUGUUGUAUCACUGUUUCAACAAUUUCUGAGCUACCCAUGAGACACUAGCUGCUACCUGUAGCCCUGUCACAAGCAGUGUGCUGCAUCUGAGUCUGACAAGACUGCGCCAGUGGCUUAGUGUGGCUGCUCCUGUGGGAAGUCCCAAGAACCAUGGGAGCACUUACAGGUAGAAUAGUCACAAGUGGCCAUUUGCAGAGCAUUGCAUCUAUUGUGCAGCUCAGAACUCUAGGCAGAGGUAUCUAAUCACUAGUUAGAGAUUAGUUGCCAUCACUAGCCACAGCUAUUUUUUACAUGUUGUUUUACAGCAUUGUGAAAGUGAAGCUUGUGUGUUGCCCACAUUCAUGAAGAGUCCUUGUGAUUGAUUAUGUCACCCACAAAUGGCACUCAUUUUGGGUUAACUUUUUAAAUGUGGUUAUUUUCUUUAUUUAGACAAUUGUGAAUAUAUGGAAGUUACUUUCAUUACGAUUUAGGGGGGAUUCAUCAAUGAGUGGAGAAGAAACAUUGAUUUUCCUGAUAUUUCUCUGAUAUUUUUUUAUCGGCCAAUCCAAUUGGCUACCCGGGAAAAACAAACAAAACAUUUUCUCCCGAACGCACAGGGUUUGUGAAACCUGUGGUUUUUUUAGCUAGAAACAGCCCCGUUUUCAAUUUGGUUUAGUUUGCCUGAGGCAGGUGAAACAGAAUUCCUGAUAAGCCGCGGCUCUAAUUGAAUAGCCCCCCAGCGAGACAAUUGGGUAAUUUAAUUCCCCUUUAGAGUUUAAAAUUUUAAUAUUUGUACUCUUAGCAUUUAGUAGAGCGGAACUGUCUUUAAUAGCUAAGAUAUCACAAUUAGAUUUUUAGUGUUCUAGGCUAUUAAAUACAAGGCAGUGACAUUAGUUGGUAAUACAAAAAAAAAAAAGUCAGUGCUUCUAGUAUAUUGAUUUUGUGUUUGUGGGGGUCCAGUGUAUCUUUUCAAAGUAAACCACAAUGAGCGAUUCACUAGGUGCUGUCCCAAGUUUACGGUUUAUUAAUCCUCUUAGGUGAGAUGAGCGUUCCUCCCAAAUGAUAAAAGACAAAAGGGGGUAUUCAAUGCUUGUCGGAAACUGCUGUCUUGUUGGAAAGACGGCAGUUUUCUGAAUUUUUUAGGUCAGAAGGUGUCCCUACCUAUUCAGUCCUCCUUCAGUUUUUCCGACUUGUCGGAAAACAUGUGGAUUGGCGGAAUAGCUGCGGAUCCAUGCGUUUUGUCAGAUUCCGCAUCCAAAUCCAAUAGGGUUUGGCCCCGUUUCCGACAAUGUCAAUCCAACUUUAAAAAAAGUCGGAUUGGCAUUGUUGGGAACGGCCAAAUACUGUCGGUUUUGGUCACUCAUUGAAUACUGCAUUGUCGGAUCCUUUCCGUCGGAAAGGAUCCGACAAGCAUUGAAUACCCCCCAAAGUGUUUCAUUAAACCACUGUAUAUCAAGCCAUACCAGUUGCAAUGGGACCAAUUGAUGUACAGUGGUUAAAUUUAACACUUUAUCUUAUAGAACGGACGAUAUAUUGUCCAGUGUGUACCCAGCAUGAGGGCGCAGUGUUGCAUCAUAUAGAAUUAUCUCUACAAAGGCUUUUGCAUAGUAGCCAGUUUUCUCUGGAAAUAUUUCUUCUGUCCAGUGAGACCAGACCUGAUUCAGAGGUGGACACCCCAGUGUUUUAAAUCUGCGCAUGCAACCUGAUGGUUUCUGCCGGGGAAUGCAGAUCAGAAUUGCAUGGAGAUUCAUGCGAUUCAAAUAGGCAUUCCUGGGGGGUGGCUUUCAUUGGGGGGUGCCGCUGUCAUGGACUGCUUUGGAAGAUUCAGUACACUGGCAGCAGUGGCCAUGUACAGUCAGACAUUCUGAACAAACAUGGGGUUGCACAAAUGUCUGAUGGUGUGGCUAUUUGUGCAGCUGGUGGGUGCCUCAAUAGCCAGCUCAUCCGCUGCAGCAUAAGCAUAAAUUUGCAGUAGCAACUGCAACAAAAAUUGCAAAUGCUGCUGCAUUAUUGUCCUCCACUGAAUUUGGCCCAAUUCCUUCAGGUAAUUCUUAACACUACAGCUGCAUCUAAUCUGCAGUACAAUAAAAAGCAACUGAUGUUUCAAUAUUGUGACACACAUACUGUACAUCUUGUUGGCCAAAGCAGUUGUUUUCAUCUAAACUGGCUAAGCUUUCUCUGUAUGUGGGCUGUCUGGGGAAAAAAAUGUUGGGGUUGAUCUUCACAUGGUUUUCAAUGUCCAGUCACUGAAGAAACAAUGUACAGCCUGUCUUCCCAAUUGUGUUGGCAAGUUGGCAACCGAUGUGGUUGCUCAGUUUGAUCUGGAUCUUUUUUGGGCAUCCUAAACAAAAAUAAGACACUGUAACUGUAGCUGCCAAAAUGUAAUGAUUAAAAUAAUAAAUUGUCUUUGGUAUCAGAGUUGAAUUAUUAUUAUUUUUUUUCAUUUAAGUAAACACUGGAAACCUCUAAAUUAUAUGAUCAUUGACUGGUUGUGCUUUGAAAUACUGAUUAAUUCACAAUCUUUGACAUGUUCUAACCAUUCCGGUUACAAAUACUUGGAUUAGUUUAUCAGAAUUGGUGUGCACACCUCGCAGUAAAGAGCUGAAUAGUUUUUGUUUUAUGAAAGGAUGACAGGCAUUUUUGUGUUUUGAUCCCUCUGUUAUUUUGCAGAUAAUGUUUAACAAUAAAGAUUUUGAAUCUCA